AUGUCAUUAAUGUCAUUUUCAGUUAGAGGUGAUGUGAAACCUGAAUCUUUGGGAUUUACACUACCACAUGAACACUUGGGAAUGGAAUUCAAUCACUUUUACCGCAAACCACCACAAUCCAUAGCUGAGUACCUGAACAGGGACAUUGAUAUUCGGAAUGUAGGGUACUUAAGACAAUAUCCUUACAGUUGCAAAUAUAAUUUAUGUUUUAACGACAACGAAACUUUUCAAAGUAUAACGUCAGACGUCCAUAUGUUUAAAAAAUUAGGAGGAGGAACAAUCGUGGAAAAUUCGACAGAGGGCCUGGAUAGGAACGUAUCACGUUACAAAUAUUGCUCUGAAAAGACUGGUGUCAAUGUUGUGGCAGGCACGGGAUAUUACAUCUCUGAUACAUUACCAUGCAAUCUACAGUUUUCUUCGACGGAAGAAAUGUACAAACACAUGCGGAAUGAAUUAACGAUCGGCUGUUCCGAAGACGAUACAGUCAAGGCUGGAUUUAUAGGAGAAAUCGCCAGUGUAUGGCCGCUGAGGGAUAGUGAGCGGAAAGCAAUCCAGGCUACUGGGGAGCUACAAGAGGAGAUUGGGUGCGGUGUUAGUUUUCACCCACACCGCGAUCCCGAAGCUCCCUUCGAGAUCAUACGCCUGUAUUUAGAAGCUGGCGGGAAAGUUAACAAAGCAGUCAUGUCACAUUUAGACCGCACGUUGCUGGAAGACCAGAAGCUUCUUGAGUUCGCUGAACUGGGUACGUACUGUCAGUUUGACCUGUUCGGAGUCGAGGUAUCAUACUAUCAGCUGAACGCGUCAAUUGACAUGCCAUCCGAUGCCCAAAGACUGGAUAAAAUUAAACUGUUAGUCGAUGAGAAGAAAGAGGAAAAAAUAUUGAUGUCUCACGACAUACACACCAAACAUAGAUUGACGAAAUUUGGUGGGCAUGGUUAUCAUCACAUCCUCUUGAACGUGAUCCCUCGCAUGAAAACUCGUGGCUUCUCUUUGGACGUAAUCGAUACGAUCACCAUUCGAAACCCAGCGCAAUGGUUAGCUAUGCCAACCAUGCAGGACUAAAAAUAGUAUCGCAGAUUUCAUUUUUAUUAUUUUCCUAUUUUUUUUUUUCAUUAAGGCUGUCAUCGGGGCUAGAUUAACCAUGGCGCAGAGCAGAGUAGGCAAUUGCCUAAAGACCCCGCAUCGAAUGGGCUUUGGCACGUAUAAAAUAUAUGAAAAUAUUUCAGAAUAAACUUUUUAAGAGAAAAUUUGUUUCCUGAACAACAAGUAUUAUUUUACUGGUUUUCGAUUUUCUAUAAGGAAUGGAGGACCCGACAUGGUUAAUCCGACCCCGUAAAGCUGCAUAUUUUAUUAUUAUUUUUAAUAUUUUUAAUAUAAGCAUCGCAAAAAAUUUUAAUAUUUUUCAAUUACAAAUAUUAUAUACCGUUGCGAUUUUAAAUUAAUUUAAAAACGAAUUAAAU